AUGACAACGUUCACCGUGAUCAUCUCACCAAAGACCACGCUUGCACCGAUCUACAGGGACGCAUCCGUCAACACCAUUCAAGGCGAAGCGGUGCUGGUGACUGCUCCAGCUAUACCUCCAGCCAACACAGAUGUUGUGAUCCACUACAAACGCUCUGGUCCAGGUGGUCUUUCUCCUCGCGCAGCCGGCGCCUUCCUCGGGGCCUUCUUAGGAGGUUCGUUCCUAGUCGUGUUUCUGGUGUAUUAUUGCUGCAUCCCUCGAAGGAGACACUAUCGGAGUGAGACUUCGUCGUCCUCGCGAAGCUCCACAUCAUCUCUCAUCAAGCUGCAACCGCAAACACAAGCUGGACUCAUCUCCUCGCAACCGAAUAUCCAAACACCUCAAGAUUUUUCGAUACCGUUACCACCUCCAUCGACAGCUCAUCCUUUUGGAGACCGACCCCCGAGAUCUUCCGGCAAGAAGAUCAAAUCGAUACCGUUGUGGCUACCGAAGGUUCCCAAGGAGCCGAUUAUUCUGGAGCUGCCUGCAAAAGAUAGGAGAGAUCUGAUGCGAAGAGAGCCCGGAACAGCAGUAGCGAUUGCCAAUAAGAAGGCCUGGGUGAAGACAAGACCAAAGAGACCAAAUAGGGUUCUGCCGCCAGCUGGAUGGGACCCGCCUCCUGAAUGA